AUGGUGUUAUGUGCAUCCUACAAUUUACGUGCCCAUUCGACCAUGCUACCUCAUGCCGGUGAAGAUUAUCGAUACGAGUUGCCAUCGUCCGUGCCAUCGCAUUUUCCGGCUUCGAAGCCAAUUUCUCUCAGGUCUCCUUGCGGCACGGUUGAUGGAUCUGGUGUUUCACCACCGAUAGAGCAGCUUUACUCUCCCUUAUCUUCUUCGCCGGACUCCAUAGGCUCCAUCAAAUCGAGCUCAUCGUCACGGUCUUCGGCGGAGCGCGAGAUUGAACGUCAGCAGCGUCGACAGCUACUCGACGCUAGCUUGCUCAAAAUGCGCGCAUCCAACAACAUUCCUCUGCGAAAACAUCUGCUCGUUUACAACAUUGUUAAACAGCUCCAGCGCGAUCUGGACCUGUUAGACGACGAGGAGUUGUACUGCAACCUAAUGGACGAGAGCUACGGUGAACGUAUGGACGUCGACGAACGUCGUUGGCCUUUUGGUGCCACGUCGGCACCUUCAGCUACGUUACCAGCUUGUGCCGUUUCCAUUCCGGUCACUGCGCAGGUUGCACCUCCGCAACAAGAGGAGCGCCGCGUAGCUGAAGACUCCACUUCUCUUAUUUCUAAAGAUCUCGAUAUGGACAUGAGCAAGGUGGUGCAGCAGGAACCGCAGACUCCUGGACUGGAAAUGUGGUCAUGGGGUGACACCACAAUGAAGGGAGAUGAUCGUACCACAUCACAAUCAAACUACGAUAUAUUCGAAUCGGUUCAGGAUGCUGUGGACGAGUCGUUUGUCGCAUGGAGUUGGACGGUAAGUGGUGCUAGUUUCAACGCUGAUGCAUGGUGGACUGAACGUUCAAGAGCGACAUCGUUUGGUACAACUUCCCGUUUUGAACCUAUCUGGAGCAUGGGAGCUGAUCCGCUCGGCGCGACAAAUUUCAGCCGUUUCGAGCUUCAGCAUUUGUUCCCAUCGCAGGUGCUUCUGCAGGCAUAG